GUGUUUUUUUUAUGGAUUUCAAUUUCAAGGAUUAGGCAAAGAGCUUCAUCAGCGAUGACGUCUGUGGCUCUUCUUGCUCCUCCUCUCACCCCCUUCUCAUCCUCUCUUUCACAUCAUCAUCAUCAUCAUCAUCAUCAUUCUCUCUCGCCACUUCAAUUUCACCCCCAAAACCCUAGGCUUCGCAUAUUGUAUUCCUCUAAUCGAUCACAAUCGUUGAAAACCACAGAGAUGGAUUCAAGACCCGAAUACCAGCCCGGAAUCUUCGAUGACCUCUUUCUUAACUUGUUCCGAAGCCGAAUGGUACAGGAAGUUGGGUGGGAUUCAGAGAAGCCUGGAUACAAUGGACUAAUUGAAGUCACAAACCGUCUUAUGAUCAGAAGAAGCAAUUCUGAAACCAAAGAAGCCGCGGUGCGGAUAUUAAGAUCGCUGUUUCCUCCAUUUUUGUUAGAGCUUUACCGAAUGCUCAUAUCACCUAUUCAAGGAGGGAAAUUAGCUGCAAUGAUGGUUGCAAGGGUGACUGCACUAUCUUGUCAAUGGCUCAUGGGCCAUUGUGCUGUUAACUCAGUGGAUCUUCCUGAUGGAUCCUCAUUGAGAAGUGGGGUGUUUGUAGAAAGAUGCAAGUACUUGGAGGAAAGCAAAUGCGUGGGAAUUUGUAUCAAUACAUGUAAGCUUCCUACACAGACUUUCUUCCGGGAUUACAUGGGAGUUCCUUUACUGAUGGAGCCAAACUUCAGCGACUAUAGUUGUCAGUUUAAAUUUGGAGUGCUUCCACCUCCGGCAGAAGAUGAUAGUGCCCUGAAGGAGCCUUGCUUAGAGAUAUGCCCAAAUGCCAGUCGACGCAGAGGCAGAGAAUUCACCAGUAACGCUGCUGAUGUAUUGCAAUGUCCCAAGGCAUGAAUAUUCAGCAUAACUUCCAAUCCAAUGUCAUGUUAACAUCUUCUUGGAUGUAGUGUAUAUGCCUAUACAGAGACCUUUUAUUACAAAAUUCCCUCUCAAAGUGAUGAAAUACUCUGCUAUAUUGCCACUUGAAAUUGAAACAUUUAUGAUCACAA